AUACGUUCUUCAAGUGUUCGUCACGAAAGGAUCUACAGUAAAGCUUAAACACCAAAGGUUCUUCGCAAUAUUGAAAAAGAAAUGGAUUUCUCAUCAAAUGAAGCAGUAGAUGCUGUGGAAUUUUGGGACAAAACUGUAGAAUUAAUUGCAUUUGUGCAAAGCAAAAAUGAGAAGCGAGGUGAAGGAAAAUCACAAUUGUUAAGAUUUUAUUUAAAUACCGGAAAGGGAAGAAAAAUCCAGUCCAUCAUAUGGGGAGCGGAAGACAUUAAAGCAUUAGAAAAUGUUAUUGUCGUUAAUGAGAUUUUACAUAUUGACGGUGCUUUCUCCCGUGUACCGUCAAAGCCAGAAUAUAAUUUCGGAAAUUUUAAUUACGAAUUGCAAUUAUUUGCAAAAACUGUAAUUACGUCCCUAGGAAAGCACAUCAUCAUCAGUGAUCCACAUUUUGAUUUUCCUACAGUGGCAUUAAGUGAUGUCAUUCACCAUGAAGGCGAAACUUUAAGAGUUCAUGGCUACAUUAAAAGUAAAUUUGUAGAGGAGCGUAUUGGAAUGCAUAAAAAUUUGGGUACGUAUGGAUGUGGAUCCAUUACCGAUGGCACCUACAAAAUGGAAGUGAGGAUUGCCUCAUUUAAAGGUACCUUCAAAGGCUUAAAAGGGAACCCUGUUAAUUUAAUAGGCAAUAUUAACACGCAAGGUACAAGAAUAUUUCUUCAAAUAAAAAGCGAGGAAGAUAUUGAAAUCUUAGAGGAACGAAGUUUAAGUUUCCAAGAGACAAUAGCAGGUUUCAGGGAAUUAAAAAGAACAAAUGAUGGACAAAUUCAUAAGAAAAAAGACAAAGAUGUUGCAGUUAACGAAGAAGAAGAAGAAGAAUAAUUAAAUUUUUGUUCACUAAUAUAAUUUCAUUAAUAUGACUUCUAACAUCGGCAAUAGGGUGCUCUAAAAAAUAAGAUUUUUCAUAAAAAAAGCUCGAAAUUGUAUGACAGACCAAAAUGGUCAAAUUUUUUGAAUCCAUCGAGAAAUAUUAAUUUUUUAAAAAUUAACCCUCACGGGUGCCCUAAGGUAUUCCAAGGGUGGGUCUUUUGAAACAUUCUAGGUGGAAGUUUCAUUUAAAUAAAUUAAUAUUUUUGGACUGAUUACUAAACUUAGACCAUUUUUCUAAGUUUCCUAUAAAUUCUCAGCUUCUUUAUUACAAUUAACAUUAGAAAUGUUUAUUAUUUUAAAAACAUCUAUUUUUCCCAUCUAUUAUUAAUAGGAAAAUAAAUGGUGUCUGUGUCACAUGUUAAUAUGGUUUUUUCUAAAAAAAAUAAAAAGAUUGUUCAUUUUUUUUAAAUUGGCACCGAUAUGUAGGGGGGCCGUCAAACAAUUUUCAAAAUUAAACUUCUUUUGGACCACCCUAAUCGACACCUCAUUUGAGAUAAAAGUUCUCAACAGUCUGACAAUAAUUUUUAUUUUAUGAUUUAUAGAUUCUUUAAUUAUAUGAUAUUUGUAAAAAAAAUUGACAAGACUGACUUUUAUAUUAUAUGUGUAUCGCUGUCUGUCUUCACGAUUACUGUUUGUAAACCCUAUACAGCACAACUGAGGUAUAAAUGUACCACAAAACAAAUUCAAAUUACUAAAUUUGUUGGAAAUUUUUUCUUUUGGAAUUUGUAAUUUUUUUACAAUAUAUCUGAUCGUAAUAAAAACAUAGAAUGCUUUCUUCUGCAUUAAAAAAGAAACAAGAAAAUGGCAUAUAAUAAAGUAGUUUUGCCUUAAAUAUAAGUAUUUUAUGAACAAAAAAUUGUUGGGAUGGUUUCCAAUUUUACUUCUACGUAUGAGCCAGUUACGUAUUACUGUCUAGGGUUAAGAUAAAUAUAAAAGAACUAUUAUUAAAUUUUCACUUAAAAUGCAAUAAAGUUGCAAUUUUUGUUUUUGUGCAAUACAAUUUUUGUUUAGAGUUAUUUAAAAAAAGAAUUUUUUACGUAUAGAAAAAUAUUAAUAUUCUUUUUCGUGAAUGA